UGUGUCCAUUGUGAGGCGGUGACUGGACUAUCAGGAUUAUCAGCGGGCUGUUAAUUUGACGCAGGACUUCAGAGGUGGUGUGGUUUUAACUAUGAUCUCCAAUAUAUUCACAAUACAAGCGGUACUGCUUCUCAUUUAUAUAAUUCACAACCACAUCGUUUCAGGUGCUCGAUGCUUAGCUUGUUCUCGCCUGGACAAGAAAUGUGUCAUAGAAUAUCAACUUCCGUUUAUGAUCGGCAGCAACGUGUGUGAAAAGGUCCGGUCAGAUUCCACAACCGAACUGGAACUCUGCAAACGACACCCAGAAGGCUACCAUCUGCAAUGCGAGCUCAACAAUCUGUCAGAAAUCAACUGUAAACUGCCAUGUACGUCGCUGAAGCAAGUCGGGACCGGCAGACGAACAGGAAACGGAAGUGAGUCAGUGACGUCAUUCAGUUGGCCGACAGUGACUAUGUUGGGAGUGAUGAUUGUGAUCCAGUUAUCCGGAAUUACAUGUAUCUGACGUCA